AUGAGCUCCACACUCAUGGACGUGGACUCCCCGAGGCCGGCGCCCAAUGCAAAUGGAGGCAUUGGCCUCUCCAGGUCAGGCAUCAAUGUGCCGGCUAUUGCGAAAGUCAGCGAUAUAAUAUCAAACUUUCGGCCAACAAGGCUCUUCAAGCGCGACUAUCAUAACGAGCCCACGACGGUGCUCUCACUGGACUUUGAUGACAAAGGCGAGCUCCUGAUGACCUCCGAGACGGAUGAGUCCAUCCAGCUAUAUAAUGUCCUCGAUGGCACGUUCAACAAGUCGCUGUUCAGCAAAAAAUACGGUGUCAAGCACGCCAAAUUCACACACAAGUCCACGAGCAUCAUCUACGCCAGUACAAAAGAGAACAAUGAUAUCCGCUACCUCGCGACCCACGACAACUCCUUCCUACGCUACUUCAAAGGUCACACUGGGUCGGUAACCUGCCUCACAAUGAACCCCGGCAGCGACACAUUCGUCUCCUCCUCCCUCGACAACACCGUCCGCAUCUGGGACCUCAACAGCGUAAACCCAAUCGGAAUGCUCAACAUCAACUCCCCCCACCUCACAGCCUUCGAUCCCUCCGCCUGCGUCCUCGCUAUCGCCUCUCCUGCCGCACAAACUAUCCUCCUCUACGACAUCCGCAAAUUCGAUGAAGAGCCCUUCGCCUCCUUCGACCUCUACCCCUACGCCAAACACGACCCAACCGCGCGCGCCUGGCGCUCCCUCGACUUCUCCAACGACGGGAAAUCUCUCCUCAUCGGUACAGCGGGUAAUACGCACUUCGUUCUCGACGCCUUCGAUGGCAAGCUCAAGCACGGCCUCAUCCGCAAAUCUGGCGGCGCGCGCCGUCUCCCCUUGAGCAAAGAGGGACCUGAUGGGGAGGAUGACAUGGAGGCGCUUCACCACACCAGCGGUGACGUGUGUUUCUCGCCCGAUGGGCGGUACGUGCUGAGCGGACAGCAGCGUAGUAACGUGCUCGUGUAUGAUAUCACAGGCGCGACACAGGCUGGAGGGAACACACCGAUGGUCGAGCUCGAAAGUAAGAGCGAGGUGGCGGCGAUACGGUAUAAUCCGCGCUUCAAUAUGUUUGCGACGGCGGACAGGGAGCUGAAUUUCUGGGUGCCGGAUCGGGACUCGGUUUAA